AUGGGUUACGGCUUAAACGGGAGAGAUUCAUGCCCCGCUCACAUCCGGGCACUCUCCCCUCCUUUGCGCGCCAAAACGCAGCCUCGCUCUCCCUCAGCCCCGCCCCGUCCACCAACGGCAGCCCGGGGCUCUACUGCGCAUGCGCGGGAAGUGGGCGGGGAAGGGGAACCCGGCAGCGAGUCCCUAACGACGAGUGCGUUGCUAGGGCGGCGGCGCAUGCGCGCAGGGGCGGGGCGGGCUCGCCUUGAGGGGAGCCGGGCCGGGCGGGUUGCGGCCAUGGAGCCCCAAGAGGAGGAGGUUCCUCCCAUUGGAACAACUCCACCGCAUCAUGGCUGGGAGGAGGAAGCCUUAAGCAGAAGCAGUAGUGAAACCCAGGGAAUUGAGUCAUGGUAUCGACUCCCUGCAGAAGUGGAUGUCAGCCGAUUAACUGCUGCCUCAGAGACCAAGCUUGGCCUGACUGGUGAUAGACAAGACCUGACAGAGUUCCCUACCCUGGAGGAAGGAGUGUUGCCUUCAGCAGAAGCAUCUAGAAGGCAGUCUCCUGGAGAUGCAGCACAUGGCUUACAACUGGAUACUCCGGGCACUCAGUUCUCUCCCUGUCUUCCACGGCUGACGUAUUUAACACAAGGCCAAAGAGUUUCAGGUGUGACACUUCUCCAGCAAUCAGAGAUGGAUUUUAUUCCCUUAAGAGGAGUCCCUGAUGUUUCUGGUGUGUCUGAGGAGCAUUUAAAGCCUUCCUACGUCCGUGAAGCUCUGUCACUGAUGGACACAGAAUCCCCCUCCAAUGCACCCAGUGACUGCUUUCCUCUAUCACAGCAUCCUCUUCCACUUGAACACAUGGAGCCUCAUGAUGCCAGUCUUGGUGGUGGUUUGGCUCAGGAAGCCUCUUCUGGGCAACCACCUGUGAGCAAGGAGGCAGAUGAAGACUUUAAACCUGGUACUCAUGAGGAGGCAUUGAUCCCCCAAACAAGUGCCAGUUUAGCAAACUCUACUUCCAAGGUGAUGCCAACAGAGGCAAAUAGACUGCACCAAAUGGCAGCUUCUCUUGCAGAGCAGAUCUGUAGUAUCUCUGUAAAAGAUGAACGUUUCUCCCGUGACAGCAGUGUAGCAGCUAUUGGUUCAGAGCUUGCAGAGAAAGAGAAAGGGUUACUGAGGAAUAAUGAGUUCUCAUCUUCAGAAAGCUCCUCUUGUAAAACAGCACUGACAAAGGACUCGGAAAAGAAUGAAGGAGAGAUGCAAAAGGAAGAGGUAAAAAGGGCUGAGAGUGAGUCAGAAGGGUGCAUGAGGCAGCUGCACAAAGAGGAGAAGGUUCCUGAGCUGAAUUCAUCUAUUAAUUUAUCUGAUGAUGUGAGGAAAGACAGUUGUAAAAAUUCAGAUGCUCAACAUGUUUGUUCUGCAAAGGCUUCUGAACCAGGCAAAGGAAUGUCAAAGCAACAUGGAGUGGAUUUAAAUGGCUCUGAAAGCUUGAAAUUAGUGGCUGUUACUGAGGAGCAACAGGGAGCUUUCCUAGAUCAUCAGCAGAAGCAACCAUCUCCUGCAGUGAGGUUUGAGAAAGAGGAGUUUAUCCCUGUUGUGACAAACACCAGUGAUUGUGCACCUAAAGAACUGGUUGUGACUGACACGGGAGCUCCUUCCCCAUUCAGUGAGGAUGCCUCAGUGGAAGCAGAACCUGGAGGAAGCAGGAGUGCAUUAACUAUCUCAGACUUCUCCAUAGAAAGGGGCCAUAAAGUAACAGGCAUUUCCCCUUCCUUUAACCUUGUGAGUGAUGGCUCAUUCUCUGUCCACCUUCCUCAUCCAAGCUAUCAAUCUACUCCAGGGAUACUUCUAAAGAAAAAAAUGAAGGCAGAACUUGGUGCCCUUAUGAUCAAAUCAGAUGUUCAGGCUUCUUCUUCCUGCUUAAAUGAAGAAACUUCCUCUGCUGUCGCACCUGCAUCUGAUGAGAAGCAACAGUCCCUCCAGUGUGCUCAGAAAGCAAGCAGUGAACAUUUGGAGUCCUUAAAACUGACACAUCCCCGCACUGGAAGGAUUCAGGCUCUCCCACAACUUAGUUUCAUGGAGAAGGUAGGGGCUUGGAAUAUGAGCCAGCCAGAGGAAGCAUCUGAUGUGGUGACUUCAUGUGAAGUUUCUCCAUGUGGAAUUUCUCCCAGGAGAGCUGCUAGUUCUUCAAACAAGAUGUUAUCAAUGCAACAAAGUGAUGGAGACCCCAAAGAUGAUGUUGCUGCUUCCUCCAGAGUGACAGGUUCCUUGGAAAGUUUGCAUUUCCACACUAAAAACUUCCUCCUUGCUUACCCUCUCACCAGGUCUCAGUCUGACAGCACAGUAAAUGUUUCCAGUAAGAAUGCAUCCUUGGUUGAAGUCCCUCUUCCAGCAGACACCACAGAGGCAGUGCAGCCUCUAGAAGACAAAAGUAAUGUUUCAGGAGUGUCUGAAAACAGUUUAGGAGGCUCCAUGAUCCAGAAGAUUACAGCUGCCAUGGUUGCUGGAUCUAGCAGUAAAGAUGCACAAGAUAACAGUACAGGACAAAGCUCAGACCUGGAUGUUCUUGUUUCCAGUGAAGGAGUUGCUCAGCUCCUUAGAGACGUUGGUAACUCUUCAACUGAUGACCAGAAGAACUGUGAUGCUGUGGAAAAUCAGUUUCACAACUUCAGUAUUCCUGCUGGCCAUGUCAGUGUGCAAACUUUGGGUGAUAUUUCCCCUGAUAGCUUGAAUCUUCCCAUUAGUUCUGGGGAAGGUAGACCCAGGGGCUUGGGCUCUGCAAGGGGCUCUUCAGGGGGUUCCAGGCCCUUCUUCACCAGUGCAGAAAAUAACUUCAUCCCUGUUGAAGCAACUUUGGAAACUCCUGAGGAAGAAGAGCUUAAUAUUGAGGAAAGGAUCCCAAUUUAUCUUCACAACCUUGGCAUUGAUCAGUCACCUGGAACCAUACUGAGGCCAUUUGUGCCCCGAGGACCCAUCAGGGAAGUUGAAUUUUCCCCUUCAGAGCUUAGAACACUGAAGGACUCCACUGACACACUGGCAUGGUCUGCUCCACAGCCACAAGGUGAAUUGCUGUCAGCAGCUGAAAUCACUCAGACAAGUUUCAACUUUGACACCUCCGCUCUCAGUGUGUCUGUACCAGCGCAUCCAGAGGUUUUCUUUGACACUCUGUCACCCCAUGAACUCUCUCCCUGCUUCUCAGGGUCUCUUGGAGACAACCCAGUGAGUCAGUGCAGUGGUUCAUGCCAUCAUCUGGAGACAACAGCUCCCGAGGCAGAGUCUUCAGCUGUCUCCAAAGCAGCAGAAGCAAAGCAGGAGCUGCAGAGUGUUUCACCUCACUGCCAUGCUGACAGGGAGAGUCCCAGCCUUGCUGCCAAGAGCAUUCAGGAUCUGCUAGCUAAAAAUGAGCCCAAAGAUGCAAACAGCAGCCCGCAGAGAUGGGCUGCCGGUGCUUUGGCUGCAGUUAGAGGUGAAGUGGAAGCUGACAGAGGAUCACAAACAUCAAGUGUAGGUAAUAAGAGAAAUAAGGAUCAAGAAGGUUGUCCUUUGAUGGGAUCGGCUGCAUUUCAAGAAAUACGGAAGCUUUUGGCAGAGGCAGAGGAUAUAGCUGGCAGGUGGAGUGAGCCUGUCUUCUCCAUUGCCUCUUGUAGAGAAACUGGUGAGUCUUCCCCAGUGCUCAAUAGAAAGGAGGAUGGCUCUGAAGAUUCUAGGAUAGGGAAAGACAGAAUCCCUGAGUUCCACAAGAUACUGUCGCAGGAUGAGGCUGUGACCCAAAGAAGUAGUCAAGAAGAGGGGUUGGUAAUAAACCCUCUGCAUUAUAACACAUGCAGGUUAAGAUGGGAGAACAAUUUUGAUGCCAGUUUGCACAGUAGUGAAGAGGCGAUGAAGGAAAUGACCACAAUGCUUAAGACAGGAAAAUCUGUAGGAAGAUCAGAGCCAGAAGGCUGUAGCAGUGUAACUACAGACAGAAACCAGCCUGGGUUUGUGGGUCUUGCACAAAGCAGUGGAAGCAGUGAAGACAGCACUGGAACAACUCCAGAAUCAGGGAAUCCUUCUUCCUCAGAGCCCCCAGGCAGUGUCACUGAUGCCCCAGGAGGAUUCCAGAGCACCUUGUCUAAUGCUGGUGUAGCUGGAAGCAAGGCAGGAGGCACACGAGGGAGUGAGGACAGCAGCAGUGGAGAUUCACUAGCUGCCCGUGUCAGAAACCUCCUGAUGAGGAAUCCUCAUUCCUCGGAGCCUUUAGGCAGCACCACCAAUGUCCCAGGAGGCUUCCAGAGCAUGUUGUAUAGUGCUGGUACAACUGGAAGCAAGACAGGAGGCCUGAGGGAGAGUGCCAACAGCAGCAGUGGAGAUUCCCUAGCUGCCCGUGUCAAAAACCUCCUGAGGAAUGGAUCAUCUCUGACACAAGUUGUGACGAGCUCAGAUGAAGAGGAGAGGAAAGCACGAGCCUGGGUGAAGGUAAAACUGGCCAGUCGAUCCCAGGAGUCCGUGUCAGACCUGAACCAAGAGGACCAACGAAGGAUCCAGGAAAUAAAGGCUGAGCUGCUUCGGAGUGCCAGGAAAUCUGCACGUGCCAAGGCUCCAUGGGUCUGUGGUUUGGAAGCUGCUUCUGGGUACAGUCGUAAUGGGGAACAGGACAUGGAGCAUUUCAAAGUUCCAAGUGACAGGAGAUUUCAGAGUGACAAGCACAGACAAUCCAUCAGGACUGAGGAGCUUUUAGAGUCAAGCUUGACGCAAGCUGUGCCAUUACAUCAAGCUGAUCCUUCUGAUUGUUGCCUGCUGAAGGAUGCACACAUUAAAUCCUUGAGGAUUGUUCAAACGCCUACCUGCAACCAACGUCAAACAGGUCCAACUGGUCAUUCUGCUGCUGCUGCUGAGCUUCACCCACCAUUGAAGGUGGAAGGGGACAUGUGUACAAUGAGGUCUGCAGCUGCUUUUGAUGCACAAACAGAAGCCCAUUUGCUGUCUCAGGAGAAGCUGUUGAUGAAGAAGUGUUCUGAAGAUCUGGCCAAGCAAAUCACUUCUAUCACCUUUUCAUCCCGAAAACGUUUGCAGUCACCAUUGACUUCCAUGGCACUCAGCAGUAGCUUUACUAGAGAUGGUUUUGAUGGGAUAAUGCCUUUGGAGGUUGACUGUGCUAGCACUGAGGAGCACAGCCACGACAAACAACACUGGGAGAGAUCAAAGACCUCUCCUCCAAGCCCAAUGCUUGCUGGCUCAGUGUCUAGUAAGACUGCUUAUACUGCUGAGAAAGACAGGUUUCAUCAUGUCUCUGCUGACAGUAACAGUGUUGGAGCUCAUCAAGAGACAGACUGUUUGUCAGAUCAGGAUUCUGAAAGCAUCCAUAUUGAUAAAAGACAGACCCUUAGUGCAAAGAAUUCUGAUGUUCUGCCUCAAGAUGUGACUGACUCGGGCAGGCGAAGUGCCAGACUCCUGGGGCUUGGCUGUGAGAGGAGAUUUGGUCAAGAAAUGAAUAGAUUUAGUGAAUCACGUUCCAUAAGCUCUUGCCAGGAGGAGAAAAGCAGCCCAGCUGGCCAUGUCCAGUUCUGUGAGAGCUUAAAAGGUUCAGGUCCAGCUCUACAAACUGAUCUGAUGAAGGGCCAUGUUAAACUGUCAGCAGAAGAGAAGAACAGUCCUGAUGAAGUACCCCUCAUUCAGAAAGCAAGAGACCCAGUGGAUGCAUCUCACCACUCCUCUACAGGUGAGAUUUUAUCCACCACAUCUGUAUGUCCUUCCUCACCAACUAAGAAAGUAUUGUCUUGUGUCCACAUAACUCUUUCCUCAAAGUGUAAUAACUCAGAGCUUCAAAGGGAUGUGAAUACUGAAAAUGAGAUGAGAGUAUGGGGUAAACCUGGAGUUAAGACUCAACCAGUGUCUUUUAAAGCUCCAGAAGCUUCAGUAGAAGCUGUUUCUAAAUUGUCAUCUGCUGAUCAAAGACCUUCAUCUCUCCCCAUGCCAGCAUCUUCAGCAGAUCCCUGCCUCAUCCUCUCCUCUGUCACCAGCACAGCAGAGCAAGAGCUGCCUCCACAGGGCAGUUGGAGACCACAGGUCACUGUUCCAGGUUCAGGGCGAUGUAGCCUGAAGAAUGCCUUCAGCUCUGUAGCUCUUGCAAGCGCUGUGAAAAGCACUUCUGAUGCUGCCACUCAGAUAACAACAGAGAGUCCUGUAAAAACCACCUUUUCAGCAGAGAUUUAUGUUAAUUCACAAGACAGUGGAAAUGAUGUUCACCAACCACCUCUCCAGAAAGCACAUGAGCUUCCCAACAACACAGCUUCAUCUCUUGACAAGGUGUCCUCUUUCACAAAGCAGGGUGAUCAGCCCUUACUGCUGCCAUAUAAACCUUCUGGAAGCACUGGGAUGUAUUAUGUUCCUUAUCUAAAGGCAGUAUCCAAAAUGUCUCCAGUUAGAUCAGAAACCAGCGUGGAGAGCUCUCACUCAGGUAUGAAUUUCAUAGCAUCAUUUAUCUGCAAUUAUCUUAAGUCUUCCAAGUGCAAACUGAUGGUUGUAGCUCCUGAAACAAAAUACAUUUGUUUCAUGUGCAGAAGAGUCUCAGUGGAGCUCAGAACUCUUCUGUCCUACCAGUUUAGAAAACUGUGCUACUAG